ACCGGAAUUUUUCCUUCCUCCCACAUCCAAAGAUAUCACUGUUCGGUUUGCGCCACGAGAGUCAGGGAGAGAACGAAAACAGCCGUUUGAAGGAAAAUGGCGAUUUGCAUGUGUUGCAGCAAACCACCGAUCCUGGUUAAACCGACGUGGAAUCCACGCAGAUCUCAGAGAAGAUCGAAGCUCGGUUUCGAAUCUAUCGGCAAGACCGCGUUGGCGAGUUGCCGGGUUCUGACCGUGAGGGCUUCAGCGGUGGAUUCGUACGAGAGCUCCCCAGAUUUCGUCAAGCGUAUGGAACAGGCGUGGAUUAUCUCCCAGCAGCCAAGACCUAUUGGAUGUUCAUCAUGCAGUUCGAAAGGUCACAUUGAAUGCAAAUGGUGUGCGGGUACGGGUUUCUUCAUCAUCGGUGAUAGCAUGCUUUGCGAGGUACCUUCAAGGAACACCUCUUGCAUCAUCUGCUCCGGGAAGGGUUCGAUGUGUUGUUCUGAUUGCAAAGGAACUGGGUUUCGUGCCAAGUGGUUGGAAGGGCCUCAAAAGACAUCGUAGAUAUGUGCUUUUAACUUCAGCCAAAACAAAAAAACAAAGACAAAGUGUUCGUCUUAUUUCGGUAAAUACAGCAUCGAUACAAAGUUACUCGAUCUGCUCUUUGAUUAUUUUGUUGUGUAAAUGGCUGGAAAAGUGUUUCAUAGCAUUGAACCGACUUCAAGUUAGUGGAAUAGAAGGCACGUAGACAUAUAUGUUUAUAUGUAUAUAUAUAUUGAUGUAUGUAUUCUCA